AAGAUGGCCGACAGUAACGAGAUGGCGCCUGGUCGAGCACGCCGCGAGGUCAAAGAAUGCGUCCGCUACGAGGUCGACGUGCCAGCCGAGACCAUAGCCGCGAGUCGCCGCACCGUCGCCGCCCUGCCGUCGGCGGUCGACAGACCACGGCUCGCCGGAGUGACCGACGCCGGCGUCCCGGGCUUCCUCUAUCUCCCGCACUACCUCUCGGCCGAGGAGCAGUCUGCCGUGCUCGCAGCAAUCGAAGGCGAUACGAGCGUGGACUGGAGCGAUGCGUUUGAGACGCGGCUGCAGAAGCACUGGGGCUGGGCCUUUGUGUACGAGUGCGGCCAGAUUGUAGGCGGCGAGGCUGCGCCGCCGGCGCCGGCGCUGCUUCUCGAGGUGCUGGCGGAGCGGUUUGUGGCCGACGGCCUCGUUGCCACGCCACCGAACCAAGUCCUGGCCAACAAGUACAUGCCCGGCAACGGCAUUGGGUAUCACGUCGACCGGAUUGACCUCUUUGGCGACGUCAUCAUCGGCGUCAACCUCGUCGUGCCGACCAAGUUUACCCUCAAGUCCGUGGCCGAGCCCGAAGAGCGGGUCUCAGUCGUCAUGGCGCCCGGAUCAGUGUAUGUGCUGUCCGGCGAAGCGCGGUUUGGCUGGCGGCAUGGCAUCACUCGCAAGGCACGGCUGUACAAGCGCUUCCGACGGGCGCCCGAGCUGCUUCCGGAUGAGCCGUGGCGAGUCUCGCUUACCUUUCGUGACGUGCUCGAGGCGACAUGA